CCUUUUGCGUUGAAGAAACGAAUGCACUCCACGCGCGGUCAGCGCGGCCAAUCAGCGCUCUCAAGUGAAGUCACAAGGCAUUCACAGGUUCACAUAAGCGCAUACGCGUCCGGCUUGCAGUCGUAACUAGUGUGUGGUGGUGUUGGCUUUUUCAGCAGUCCGUGUUCUUUACCGCAGUUCGUCGAAUCUGCUCAAAAUGGGAAAACUUCUGCAAACGGCGGUGUGCAUUAACUUCAUGAAGCUUCUGCUCAUGACAUUCAACGUAAUAUUUGGUGUGAUGGGCAUGGUGCUCCUGAUCCUCGGCGUGUGGAUGAACGCGUCGCUGUACCACUUCCUGCGCCUCUCGGCGGACUACAACCAGCACAUGCCGCUGGUCUUCAUCGUCACAGGCAUCGUGGUGGUCGUGGUGUCCAUCCUGGCUUGCAUCGGCACGGCCAAGGGCCAGUCUGCCAUCCUGUACAUUUUCGGCGGGGUGCUGAUCCUGGUGUUCCUGGCCGAGCUGACGGCGGGCAUCGUGGGCUACGUGUACAUCCGGCAGGUGAAGGAGGGCAUCGGCCGCGGCAUGAACUCCUCCAUGGUUCACUACGGCGCGGGGGGCAUGUCUGACGAGACCGUCGACUUCGUCCAGAACAACCUGGGCUGCUGCGGCUUAAUGAGUGCUGAGGACUGGCUGGCCACCGGGUACUACAAGGGCAGCCAACACUUCCCCAAGAGCUGCUGCUCCGCCCCCAACGUGGCCUGCACCGCCGAGAACCUCACGCUGCGAGCCGAGGGCUGCUACAGCAAGGUGAUGCGGUUCCUGGACACCAACCUGAGCGCCAUUGCGGGAGGAGCCGUGGGCUUUGCCUUCUUCCAGCUCUUCGGAGUGGUUCUGUCUUUCUGCCUCGCUUCGAACAUCAACAAGGCGAAAUACGAACGUGUUGAAUAAGCGGUCGGAAAUCUUCGUGGCGGCAGUCCGGGGAGUCUGGACCAUUCCCUCGCCGCAAUUGGGGUGGUCCGGGCCUUCUCACGUUCGCUCUCGUUGGAGAUUGUGUGCUUUGCUGCCUCGACCGCAUAAGUGUUGUCACGAAAUGGGGUGCAGCUGAAGAGACUGUGGCCUCGAAAGGGGUCGAGCAGACAAUGCAUAUUCUUGUGCCGUCCUCGUAAUACAGUCGAAUGUCGUUAAUUCAAACUUGCGGAUAAUUCAAACUAACAUGCAGGUCCCAUCCUAUGCGUCUCUAUGGAAGGAAACUCCCGGUAAUUUAAACUUUGUUUUAUUCAAGCAAAUUUUUGGUUCCCCUCGAGUAUGAAUUAACGAGAUUCGACUGUAGCCGCCUGGCGUCAAGAUAAACGCCAUGCAAGUAAGGGUCGUUUGACCGUAGAAAUGGUCAAAGGACCCCACGCAGUGGCGAAUUUGCGCUGUCAGUGUGCUCCUAUCUUUUGCUGGUAGACAAGUAUUUUGCGAAAGGAAGGAGAUAAUUUGCUAUUUGCUCUCCGUACACCUUUCAUCACCUUCCGCCAUGGAAAGUAGGUCGGUUGAAACCCAAAACCUGUUACCUGCAUUGUCGCUCGUAAUCCCAGCAGGCUCCAGUCUCUUUACCCCUGCAGAAUGCAAGUGCCGGCAUUUGUUCGAUUUUUACAAAAGGGUUAAGGGAUUGUCUUGUUCCUGGUAGCCUACUUAGUGUCUCAUUGCUUAUCACUUUGUCACAGUUUUAAAGGGUCCCGGGCCACAAACCAUCGAAGCAGAGAUCUUCGCUCCUCCUCCCAGUUCAUACAGUGUAAUCCACUUAUAACGAUAGUGAGAAAACCCAAAAAAUUCAGUCGUUAUAACGGAUUAUUGUGGUAUAUGGACAUGAGAAAACCCAAAAAUUCAGUCGUUAUAACCAAUUAAUGUGGUACAUGGACUGGAAAUUGUUUCUGGUCUAGACACUCUUAUAAACUGAUUGUUAAAAAAGGUACAUCAUUAUAUGUGGUAUCGUUGCAAGUGGGUUGCACUGUAGAUGUGUGAAAAGCAAAUUCUGCUUUUAUUGCGGUAGUGAUCACAAUGGCUGGCAGAUGGCCUCUCAUUUUGGAAUGAGCAUUUAUUUUUGGAACGCCGUAAUCUUGCUUAGUUUUGAGAAGGCCCGUGCAGGUUACUUCUUUGUUUUGCAGAAUGCUACAAUUUUGCUGCUCGUAAAAGGGAAUUAAGAUGGUCUGUUUGCUCUGUACGAGCACUUAGUCUUUGCUCGUUUUAGUCAUAUUUCUGAACUCGUGGGACCUGUCCCAUGUUUUGUGUUCGUUUUAGCGAUAGACACACAUUUUGAUGCAUUUAGUUCUUGGUCAAUGUAGUGAGUGCACUUGACAUCAUUCUUGGACAAUCUCUACCGAAAGGUCUUUUCACCCUUUGUUUAGUUUUGAGCUUUGUCAAAAAGGGCAAACACUUUUUCGUUGCUCUUGGAACCUCGAGCUCAAGUUUUGUGUGUGGUGAUGGAAUUUUUAUAUUUGUUUUUCUCCCAAAAGGCUGGUUAGAGUCUCAGUGCCCUUAUACAUACUUAGUCGCACUUCCCUUAUCUUAAGUUUCCUUUUCUCAAACCGAAAGUGAGGUUUCCGUGACCUUGUACGCACGAGAUUGGCUUGGACAUUCCGUUAUUUUUAAAACAGAAAAUCUCAGCUGAAACUUUGUUUACAGCAUGCUUAGUCCUCUCAACCGUCUUCCCAGCGAAAUUAAUCUCAAAGGUAGAACAAUCAGUCUUGUUUCCAAGUGAAGUCUGAGCGUCAUUCAAUAUCUGCGUCCGAGCUCGUCUUGAUAGAUGCGCAAUGUUUUGGUUUUCCUUUCGCUGCAGUCUUUCACGCUUAGGUUUACAAGGAACGGCUGUGAUACCUGGAAAGAGGUAUGUCGAGAGCUAUUUUGAGAAUUGUUUACUCCUCAACAUACAUGUAUCUUCCACUUCAAAACUCUCCCUCGUGCUUGUAAUCGGCCUGCGUUACCGGGAUGGUGCACAACUGAUCUGCACUGCCGGUCACUGUUCAGCUUCUGCGUUACGUGGCACAACACCGUUGUUUGAGCGGAAGGAAGACGACGCGGCUUAUACAGUGUAUGUGUAUAUGCUUACAAUGAAUGUGUUGUGGACUGUACCA